UGCUUGCUUUGCUUUCCUUGGUAAAAGAUUUGAUUGAAAUGGGGCCAUGAAUAAUGAUAAUGAUACGACGGUCCCAUUUUGUUAAUCAUAAACCCUUGAUAAUGACAAAUUACUUACCCUCCUCUGUUGAGUUCUCUUCCUUGCUUUCUGCAUUCAGCCAUUAGCUCUAAGUGGUUACUGCUACCGUCCCUUUCUUCUUCCACCUCUCCCCCUUCCAUCCAGAUAGAUUUCCUUUUCUUGAAUGCUUCCUCCCCUCCCUCCCUCCAUCCUUGUCUAUCUAUCCAUGGAAACCAUUGAUUCGACGACACAGAGCUAGCUGCUAAAAUCUUCCUACACUUAACAACAAGAUUCGCAUUCCGCAUUCAGAUUCCACGACCGUAAAUCCUUUCUCUUUCCCCCGACUCCCACAGAGCCAAAUUAAGUUUGCAGGCCGCUCUCGGUCAGUCAGUCAAUUGCUGCCGACUUUGCAGUCAUAUUCAUCAUCAUCUCAGAGACGAGACUAAAUCCUCCCCCUUUCCCUUUUCUUUUCUUCUUCCCUCAGCCUCAGGUGAUUAAUUCAUUAAUUUAAUUCUCAUUUUUCAUUUAUUUUCUACAUAUAGUACCGCCCUCUUUCUUAUUCUACAGUCAAUUUACAGAGCACCUCUCCACCGUCUUCCCCUGUUUUCCAUUUCCUCCUCCUUCAUUCACUCCAGCAGCAGCAGCAGCAGGAGGAGGGAGAGAAAACCCUCAAUCGGCGCCAACCCGUGAGUGAGAUUCUUCUGCCCGGCAAGAAGAUGGGCUCCUCCUCCCGCCGACGGCAAUGUGGCGGUGGCGGUGGCGAUGCUCUGUUUUUCCAUUCUCGCCACCUCCUCCUCAUCCUCAUGUGGUAAAUUCACUUUCACUACACCUUUUUUUUCUUUUCCUCUCUCUCAAUUCCAUUCACCAGCUUUUGCUUUGCGUGUGCCUUUCCUUUUUUCUGCUUUUUACUGUUGUUUCGAUUUCAAGUUUUGCUCAUUUUGGCCGACACCAUUAGUAAAUUUUGAUUCGCCAUCAUUUCUUCUAGCACAACAGAGAAUACUACCAUAAAGAAAGAAAAAAAAAUCAUUGCUGCAGUUGCUAGAAAUCCUCCCAAUCUGUUCCCUUUUUCGCCUCCUCUUUCCCCCUUUCUCCGGCACCGCCCGGACCCUGAAUUAUUAUUUGCUUCAACAUGAUCAGAAUUUGUGAGACUUGUGUUAUCUCUGCCAUGUUUUCUCUGUAAAGCUUCCAUCUUUCACUUACAGAGCCUUCCCACAAGAAAGAGCAAACAAAGAAAAGUUCGGUCAUCUUUCAACGACAACAAAAAAAAAAAAAAACAAAACUUUUGACUUUAAAUUACUAUGUUUGGAUACGGACAUGACUCUGUAUCUGCGUCACUAGAAUUUUUAACAGUGGUCAUGGUCAUUUCUCCGAUUUUUAUCUUUUCCUGAACACAAAAUCGCUUUGAAUUAUAUUGCAACAAGUUAAGGCAAUUUUUUAAUUUAUUCAUAUUCCAAAUUUUGUGGUUAUAUUUUUGUUGCUGUUUGAUGAUGAUGAAUUUUUGCAAAACAGAGUUCAAAUCAUCUUUAGACGUCAUUGGAACUUCUACGCUCAAUUCAUAUUUGUUUUUAAUUCAGUGUUCAAUCAAACCAAGCAAGAAUUAUUUCUGUCUUCUGAUCACCAACUUCUAUUUUUAUCCCCUGCAGUUUCAACCUGCUCUCGUCGUCAUCAUCAUCAGCAGCAGCUGCAAUCGCAUCAUCAUGGCCGUCGGUAGACGGCGGAUUCGCCUCCGGAGCAAUCGACCUCGGCGGCGGCCUCCACGUCUUCCAAACCGCCUCCUUCGACCAAAUCUGGUCCACCCAUCAGGGCGGACCGGACGAUUUGGGCGCCUCCUUCUUCGAGCCUACCCAAUUGCCUCCCGGUUUCCACAUGCUCGGCACCCACAGCCAGCCCAACACCAACCCUAACCCUAAUCUCCACGGCUGGAUCCUCGCCGGGAAAGACGCCUCGACCGCCGACGCACCAGCAGCAUUGAAGCCGCCGGUCGAUUACACCCUAAUUUGGACCAGCUCCGACGCCGUAAUCGACCAACAAGAAGGAGGAAUCGCCUAUUUCUGGCUCCCGGUCCCGCCCGCCGGCUACAGAUCCGUCGGCCACGUCAUCACCACCUCCUCCCCUGACAAGCCCCCGCUCGACAAAAUCCGCUGCGUCAGAUCCGAUCUCACCGACCAAUGCCAGGCCGACGCGUGGCUCUGGGGCCCAACCGACGCCGGCGAUCCGGAUCUGACUGGAUUCAACGUUUUCAACCUCCGGCCUGGCAACGGAUCCGACGCCGCCGGCGUCCCCAUCGGCACAUUCGUCGCCCAAUCCUCCGGCCUUCCCGGACAUCCAACUGUCGUGGCCUGCCUGAAGAAUCAGAAUUCCGUCAACGGGUCGGCAUCUUCGAUGCCGAAUUUAACGCAGGUGGAAGAACUAUUCAAAACAUACGCUCCCUGGAUUUCUCUCCAUCCCGACGAGGAAUUCCUCCCGUCCACCGUCGAUUGGUUUUUUGCAAACGGAUCGCUCCUAUACGAGAAAGGGAAAGAAUAUAACCCGACCCCGAUCGACCCGAUUGGUUCGAACCUCCCGCAGGGAGGUUCGAACGAUGGGGUAUACUGGCUCGACCUGCCGGUCGAGUCGUCGGAUAAAGAGAGGGUGAAAAAGGGACAGCUGGCAGGCGUGGAGGUGUAUUUACAUGCGAAGCCCGCCUUGGGGGCCACAUUUACCGACAUCGCCGUGUGGGUUUUCUACCCGUUCAACGGGCCGGGGAGGGCAAAAGUGGAAUUCAUCAAGAACGUAAAGCUCGGGAGGCUCGGGGAGCACGUGGGGGACUGGGAGCACGUGACGCUCCGGAUCAGCAACUUCAACGGGCUGCUCCAGAGCGUCUACUUCUCCCAGCACAGCGCCGGGUCGUGGGUCGACUCGGCGGACCUGGAGUAUCGGGGCGGGUCGCGGCCCGUGGCGUACUCGUCGCUCCAUGGGCACGCGAUGUAUCCCCGCCCCGGGCUGGUGCUGCUGGGUGGCGGGGAGAAGAUUGGGAUUCGUGACGACACGGCGGAGGGCGGGGCGGUGGUGGACACGGCGGCGGGGUUCGUGGUGGUGGCGGCGGAGUAUCUCGGGAAGGGCGCGGUGGUGGAGCCGUCGUGGUUGAAUUACAUGAGGGAGUGGGGCCCGAAGAUCGAUUAUGACGUGGAUGAGGAGCUGGCAGAUGUGAGGAAGUUGCUGAUUGGGAGGAUGAGGGACGAGUUUGAUAAGAUGGUGAGUGGAUUGCCCAAAGAGGUGCUUGGGGAGGAAGGGCCCACUGGGCCCAAAGUUAAGGCCAGCUGGGCUGGGGAUGAAGUUUAGUUUAAUUAAUUAAUUAAUUAUUAUCAGCUAAGGGAAGCUGGUCAUUGUUUUAGGGACAUGCAUGAUUUUUAAUUAAUAGAUUUAAUUUGAUUGUUGUGUGUAAUUUGUAUGUUAGUGUGAGAUCACACGAUUAAACUAAAUGUGAAUAGUCUUAAGAAUUGUAGCAACCAGUUGAGAGAUUGAGUGUGUCACACUCUUCCUAGAGUUGGUGAAGGAGGUAGAUAUAAAAUGGACUGGUUCAGAGCUAUAUCGAAUUUUUUUCCGAAAUAUAUCGAAAUUGGAUAUAACCUUGUAAAUCACAAUAAACUUGUUCACUCCAUGUCAACAAAUUUAAAAUUCAAAU